GACGCCCUCAGCAGCGAUAACAGUCGAUCGACGCCGUUUUUCGCCGCCAGUAUCAGCCGGUCAGAUCGUCACCUCGCUCUUCGCGAAGAAGCCGCAAGGAAGGAGAAACCUGAAGAUGAGCUCCGUCUUCGACAAGGGUGUCCUGGUGAACGCGUCCGAAGCCCUAGCCCGUGCCAGGGACCCCAGGACCGUAGGAUGGCUCUACUCCGGCAACCCGGUUCCCAUCCACGUGAUCCUGGGCCUCUACGUGUAUUUCGUCAAGUACAAGGGACCAGAGUGGAUGAGGGACCGCAAGCCUUACGAGCUCAAGUCCGUCAUCCGCCUGUACAACGUGGUCAUGGUCGUCCUCAACUUCGCCUUCAUGGUCUUCUUCUUUAGCAACACAUACCUCCAGGGUAACUACAGCUGGUUGUGCACGGGCAUCGACUUCAAGGUGACCCAACAGUCCAUGACGCUUCUGGCUGGUUGUUGGUGGUACCUUCACGUUCGGAUGGCCGAGUUCAUGGACACCGUGUUUUUCGUCCUCCGCAAGAAGAACUCUCAGGUGUCGGCGCUCCACGUCAUCCAUCACUGCAUCGUGGUGUGGAACGGCUGGAUCGGACUCACCUUUGGUGCGGAGGGGCAGGUGAUGAUCUGCAUCUGCAUCAACUGCCUGGUGCACGUGAUCAUGUAUUCUUACUAUUUUCUUUCCUCGUUCGGGCCGGCACUGCAACCUUUUCUCUGGUGGAAGAGAUACCUCACGCAGCUGCAGAUCGGACAGCUUGCGUUCUUUGCUUUCUAUGCAGUCGUGCCAGUCUUGUACGAAUGUGGCUACCCAAAGCUGCUUACAUGCAUCGGGUUCGCGCAGGCCACGUUGGUACUAACGCUGUUUUGCAAUUUUUAUUUUCACGCUUACAAUCGGCCCAGACGAUGUAUGAAAAAUGAAUGA